AUGCAGCACCGGCAGGCGCUGGUCUCACUGCUCUCCACGCUGACCCCUGCCCUUUCUGGGCACGCGCAGCUUCUGGAGCAGCUGCAAGACACCCAGCUGGGCCUGGACACCCUGUCUCAUAUCCCCCAACCCUGGACUGAUCGCCUCGCGCACCUUCUCAGUUCUCCGCCGCUGAUAGUGGAGUCGCUGAUCAUGACGCAGCAGUUUGCAAUUGCCAAAGAUGUGCUGGCAGCUCAGCCGAAGCUGCAGGAUGAUACCAUGCUCCUGCACUAUGCAAGGCGCGCAGUGCAGUUUGACAGAUGGUACGUUGUGCCCACUUUGUCAAGGCGAGGCAGCACACCAAGCUUUGUGCCCCUCAGUCGCCGCUCCUCAACUGCCAGCAUCCCCAGUCCUCACAGCCAAACUCCCACCCACACAUUACAGGCUGCUGCGUCCAAUCUGGCACAAAGAUUGGGAGGUCAGGGGAAUGGGUGGGGUGAAGACCCCUCCCAGCACGGGCCGCGGGGCCAGGGGGCAGGCAUUGUGCCGUGGCAGGUGCUGUCUGGAGAUGAGCACGCAGACGAGCAGCUCAGGGAGAACCACCACUUUGUCACGGCGCCCAAUGCCAGGUUGCUGCGCAAGAUCCUCUCCCUGUGCUCCUCGCGCAUGGUGGCGGCUGAGUCAGCGCUGGAUAUUGCGAGCAAGCUGGCUUCCGGGCAGCUGCGCGUGCCUUUGGAGGACCUUGCACAUGAUGCCACAGAGAUGGAGCGGGCUCUGGAGGCGGCCAACACCCUUGUGGACGUCCUGGAGUUUGCCAGCAGCCAGCUGGACGACCUAACCAAGGCAGGCCACAAAAGCGCCAAGGCGUCAACGGCGACGGCUGCUCUGAGGACGCGCGUGGCGUCGCUGGCGCAGAAGGCUGAUAUGGCACAGAUUUUGCUGGGGAACCUGGUCCCUAUCAAUCUGGAUGACAUGGAGUCCAACGAACAGGUCGAAGCACUGGUGGGGAGGCUGGUGCGGGAGGAGCAGUAUGCGCUGGCAGCCUAUGUGACUAAGCGGUGGGGCCUGGAUGCCUGCGCUGUGUGGGAGCAGUGGGCGCACUCCCUCAUCAUGUUGGCGCGUUAUGAGGAGGCUGAGGGGAGGCUGUCAAACGCUCUACGGUCCCCUGGGAGCGCUGAUGUGGCGCAGCGAUUUGUCACCCUUCUUGAGGGUGCUGAGUGGUUUCUCUGGACACAGGACACCGUUCCUGUCAACCUGGCAGCGCUGCAGGACCUGUGCACUGCACUCACCUCAGCCACACUGGAGGAUGGCGAAGAGUCCCUAUCUGUAGCAGAGUUCCUGAAGAUGCUGAGGACUCCACAGAGGCUGCCCUCGGCCGAGCAGGCUGCCUACAAGAGCAUGCCAGAGGCGCAGAUGGUGGGCAGGCGAUAUGCACUGGCAGAGAAGCUGCUGAGGGAGUAUGCUCCUGCCAAGCUGCUGGCCUUCAUGUUCAAGCAUGGCCAGGCGGCAGCCGCCUGCGAGCUGCUGUACCCUCCCGCCCCCGCACCCACUCCCUCAGGAAGUCCCGCAAGCGCUGACUCAUCUGGUGGCAGCAGCGAAGGCCAGCCUAUCACCACCAGGUAUGGCAACAGCACGCAUCUGCUGGAUCUGUGCUGCCGGCACAACGAGCUGCGCACGCAGCAGCGGACGCUGGCGGCCGGGGGUCCCAGGGGGAGGAUGCUGAUGCUGACGUAUCGCUGCCCCUGGAAGCCCGGCUCCAGUUCGUGCAGAGGUGCCACCUGGCGCUCGGGAGGCCUGACGAAGCAGCUCAUGGCCCUGCUGCGUAGCUUCUGCGCACCUCAGUGGGGCGUGGCAUGUGUGCGGCUGUCGUCUAUGGCGCCGGAUUUCACCACCGCCGUCCGGCUGCUGGAGAAUGCAGCGGUGCACUUCCAGACCGCCCUGGAGUCUCUGCAGAACAGCACACCAUCGCGUCAACAGGGCGUGGCUGGGGGCAUGCGCUUGAGUGCGGCGCAGCUGAUGGAGCAGACAACGCAGGCGCAGCUGCAGGCUGAGGUGUACCGCUGCGUCAGCGCCAUGCUGGCGUCCGAGGCGCGCGGCCGACUGGGCUUCCGGCUGCCGGGUGUCGGCCCCGCCGCCCCUGCACCGGCCGUGGCCCCGGCGCUGUACUGCCUCUACCGGGACUGCCCUGCUCCCUCUGCACCUCCAAUGCAGCAGCGCAGGCUUGCAGUGGCGGAGCGGCUGCUGCCGGUCAACUUUGACCUGGCCUUCCGGGCGCUGCAUGCGUUCGGCGGCGAUCGGCCGGCGCGCACUUUUGCAUCGGUGGCCGCCAGCCUGGCGCGCCGCGAUGAGCUGGCAGCCCUGAAGAGCCUGCUGCAGAGCGUGCAGGGUACCAUCACCGACGCAGAAUGGGACGAGGUGCUUGCAGCGGCGGUGGCUGGGCUGGCGAAUGGGCAGGAGCGGCCGGUGUCGGGCAACAGCUGGGCAGCCUCCUGGGCAGGAGAGGACGACCUGACCAGCCCUGCCGAGGAACUUGUACUCUCCAUGCGCUCCCAUCGCUCAAAGGUGCAGUCUCUGCUGAAGCUGGGUUUGCUGCGGCACGCGUUUGAGGUGGCUCAGGCGGCCGGCAGCCGUGCAGAUGUGCAGCUGGUGGCAGCAGACGCCGGGCGCAGGGCUAAUGCAGAUAUUGUGGCGCUGUGCACUGCCUACCUGCAGUCAGACGGCUGA